AUGCUUAUUUUACCUGGAAAUCUUGUUCUUUCUUCAUUUAAAUCUUCACAACUUUUAAAAAACAUACAAACCAAGUUUCCCUCAAUUGACUCGAUAACUGCAAUUCAUGUACACUUUAUCCAACCAUCUAAUGAAGCUUCUUUCAAAACAUUGAGUAAUACCGAAUCAAUUGAACGUAAAAUCCUUGAUAAUUUAUUAAAUUAUGGUAUUAUUUCAAAACAAGAAUUUAGUGAUGAUGCUGAUAUAAUAAAAAAAAGAGUUGAUUAUAUGAAGUCAUGUUUAAGAUCGCCUGAUAGAGCAGCAAAUGAUUCUCUUUUUUUCAUUGUAAUUCCUAGGCCUGGCACCAUUUCACCUUGGUCCUCGAAAGCUACUGAUAUUGCUUAUAUGUGUAAUUUAAAAGAACAUGUUGUGCGUAUUGAACGUGGCGUUGCUUAUUGGUUGUCAACUGGAGAAGAUAUAGACAUUCGAAACGUUAUAUCAGAACAACUUUUUAUGAUUGAUCAUUAUUUACAUGAUCGUAUGACUCAAACACUUGUAAAACAAUUGCCAACAUCUAAUGUAAUAUUUAAAAAUGGUAAAUACAUGCCAUUGAAAAUUUUAAAUCUAGUGGAUGAAAAUAAUUUUACAAAUGUCAAUUAUAGUUUGAUCAAAGAAAAAUUUGUCAAAGGGAAUAAGGAAAUAGGUCUUGCAUUGUCAGAUGAUGAGAUGGAUUAUCUUAUUGAUGCUUUUAUUGGCACUGGCAAAAAGAAUAAUGAUAACAUAACAUCAACAUCAUGUUUAUUUAGGAAUCCUACAGAAGCGGAACUUUUUAUGUUUGCACAGGUCAACAGUGAACAUUGCCGUCAUAAAAUAUUCAAUGCUGAAUGGAAAAUUGAUGGAGAAAAAAAAUCACUCUCAUUAUUUGACAUGAUUAGAAACACUCAUAAAUUGAAUCCUGAUCGAACACUUUCUGCUUAUUCAGACAAUGCUGCAGUAUUAGAAGGAUUCAAAGCUACAAGGUUUUCACCGGAUCAGAAUGAGGAAUUUGAAUACAGUUUAUCUCAAGAAAAUGUUCAUAUUGUUGCAAAAGUUGAAACACACAAUCAUCCAACUGCAGUCUCACCAUUUCCUGGUGCUUCCACAGGAUCAGGUGGUGAAAUCCGUGAUGAAGGUUCUGUAGGUCAAGGUUCAAAGCCUAAGGCAGGAUUAACAGGGUACAGUGUAUCAAAUCUUUUAAUACCUGGUUAUGUUUUACCUUGGGAAAUUGAUUUCGGUAAGCCUUCUCAUAUUGCCUCUGCAUUAAAUAUCAUAAUUGAAGCCCCACUUGGAGGUGCUGCAUUUAACAAUGAAUUUGGUAGACCAAACAUUACAGGAUAUUUUCGUACUUUUGCUCAAGAAAUUCCAAAAGUUAGCAAUGAUAAUGGUGAUAUUGACAUCCUUGUUAAUGAGAAAGAAAUUCGUGGAUAUCAUAAACCUAUAAUGAUUGCUGGUGGUUUAGGUAACAUUAGACCAAUGCAUAUUCAUAAGAAAAGAAUUGUACCUGGCACACAUUUAUUUGUCUUGGGUGGUCCAUCAAUGUUAAUUGGUAUUGGUGGUGGCACAGCAUCAUCUUUGAUUAGUGGUUCGAGUUCAGCUGAGUUGGAUUUUGCCUCUGUGCAGCGUGAAAACCCUGAAAUGCAACGUCGAUGUCAACAGGUUAUUGAUUCUUGUGCUUCAUUAGGUGAAAAAAGUCCAAUUCAAUCAAUUCAUGAUGUUGGUGCAGGUGGGUUGUCUAAUGCAGUACCAGAAAUUGUACAUGAUAGUGAAUUAGGCUGUAUCAUUAGAUUACGAGACAUUCCAAAUGAUGACCCUGGAAUGUCUCCAAUGGAAAUUUGGUGUAAUGAAGCUCAGGAACGUUAUGUCUUAGCCAUAUCCCCUGAGAAUACAAAUUUGUUUGAAAGUAUAUGUAGAAGAGAAAGGUGUCCCUAUGCCAAUAUUGGGGUUGCAACAAAAGAGCAAAAACUAAUAGUUGAAGAUUCAUUAUUUAACAAUGAACCAAUAAAUCUACCAAUGUCAAUUUUAUUUGGUAAUUUACCAAAAAUUUCAUUCAAAACAAGGAAAAUAAUUACUCAAUUUUCUCCAUUUGACACUAGUUUAAAAAGUUAUAUAUCAGAUACAAGUUUACAAAAUGAUUUGAUUGCUGAUGCAAUCAAUAGAGUUUUAAGACUUCCAACAGUUGCUUCAAAAUCAUUUUUAAUUACAAUUGGUGACCGUUCAAUAACAGGGUUGGUGGCACGUGAGCAGAUGGUAGGUGCUUGGCAAAUUCCAGUGGCUGAUGUGGCAGUCACUAUAUCAUCAUAUGACACUGAAGUUAUAACUGGUGAAGCAAUGGCAAUGGGAGAACGGCCACCUGUUGCUUUGAUUUCAGCAGCAGCAUCUGCUAAAAUGGCUGUUGCUGAGGCAAUCACUAAUUUAGCUGCAGCCAAUAUUACAUCAAUAUCCCAUAUCAGAUUGAGUGCAAAUUGGAUGUGUGCUGCAAAUCAUGAAGGUGAAGGAGCUAGAUUAUAUGAAGCUGUCAAUGCAAUUGGCAUGGAUUUGUGCCCUGCUUUAGGAAUCAGCAUUCCAGUUGGUAAAGACUCAAUGUCAAUGAAAAUGAAAUGGAGUGAUCAUAUUGAUAAUGGUAUUUGUAAAGAAGUCACAUCACCAUUAAGCUUAAAUAUUACAGGAUUUGCUCCUGUUAUAAAUGUUCAUAAGACAUUAACACCACAAUUACAUUAUGAUGCACAAGAAAAUACCAUUUUGGUUUAUUUUGAUCUAGCUAUGGGAAAGCAAAGAAUGGGUGGAUCUGCUAUUGCACAAGUGUAUCAACAAAUUGGAGCUGAAGCUCCGGAUGUUGAAAGUACACAAAUCAUAAAAUCAUUUUUUGAAGGUAUACAAAAAGUGCGUCAGAAUGAUCAAGAAUUAGUAUUAGCUUAUCAUGACAGAUCUGAUGGUGGGUUAUUUGUCACAGUGGUUGAGAUGGCAUUUGCUGGUCAUUUGGGAGUUAAAUUAGAUAUUUCAGAUAUUGUAAAAAAUGGUGAUGUUAUCAGGUCACUUUUUAAUGAAGAACUUGGUGCUGUUAUACAAAUUAGAAAACAAGAUUUAGAAAAAAUUAUUGAAAUAUUUACAAAAUCAAACUUUCCUAAAAAUCAUAUAUAUUGUGUUGGUUCAGUAUCAAAUGAUCAAGAUGUUAUAAUAAAAUUUCAAAGUUCUAUAAUAUAUAAAUCAACACGCAUGGAAUUACAACGAAUUUGGUCAGAAACUUCUUUCCAAAUUCAAUCAUUACGUGAUAAUAGUAUUUGUGCUAAAGAAGAGUUUGAUAAUAUUUUAGAUGUAAAUAAUCCAGGCUUACAUUUUCAUUUGACAUUUGAUCCAGCAGAAGAUGUGACCCUGCCAUUUGUGAAAUCACCAACUACAUUAAAACCAAAAAUAGCAAUAUUACGAGAACAAGGUGUAAAUGGUCAUAUGGAGAUGGCAUUUGCAUUUUAUUUGGCAGGAUUCAAACCAAUUGAUGUACAUAUGUCUGAUAUGCUAUCAGGAAAAGUUGCAUUAAAAGAUUUCAAGGGGAUUGUAGCAUGUGGUGGGUUUUCUUAUGGAGAUGUACUUGGAGCUGGAUCAGGAUGGGCAAAAUCUAUUUUAUUACACCCCAAUGUGAAAAAAGAAUUUGAAAAUUUUUUCAAAGAAAGAAAUGACACUUUUACCCUUGGUAUUUGUAAUGGUUGUCAAUUUUUAAGUCAAUUAAAAGAAAUAAUACCUGGUACAGAAGAUUGGCCAAUAUUUAAAAGAAAUAGAAGUGAACAAUUUGAAGCAAGAUUCAGUUUAGUUGAAAUUACUUCACGGAUGGAGGGUUCAAGAUUUCCAAUAGCAGUUGCUCAUAGUGAAGGUAGAGCUGAAUUUUUGAAUGAACAGCAACAAAUUUCCAAUUUAUUUUCAAAGAAUCUUGUAGCAAUAAGAUUUAUUGAUAAUUAUGGCAAACCUACUGAAAGAUACCCAUAUAAUCCAAAUGGUAGUCCUGCUGGUAUCACAGGAAUACAGACACCUGAUGGCAGAGUAUUGGCAAUGAUGCCACAUCCUGAACGCGUUAUUAUCAAAGAAGCAAAUUCAUGGUAUCCUAAAGAAGCCAAUAACUGGGGUGAGUUUGGACCAUGGUUAAGAAUGUUUAGAAAUGCAAGAAAUUUACAAACAUCACUUGACAUUCAAUAA